AUGGUUUGCAAUGACAAUUCCUUGGGACCAAGUGUCCCACUGAGUUGCCGUGGCGGGUUUGACUUCACGUUGUUCUUCCAAGACACCAUUCUGACAAUCAUCCCUUGCACCGUGACCAUUCUCCUAGGCGUGGUCCGACUGUGUUAUUUACGAGACAGUCCUCGAAAGGUGCGGCCACGGGCUGGCUUCGGACCAAAGUUGAUUGCAUUUGCCAUACUCGCCCUCUUGCAGCUCGCGCUUCUCGUCCUUUGGGCCGUGCAACGUCUGCGGCCCUCCCGCGCCGCUCUCCCAGCUGGGGGCGUCGAGCUGGCGGCUACGCUGGUUUUAGGGCUCGUAUCACACGCUGACCAUUUCAAGACCUUGCGGCCGUCGACCUUGAUUUGCUUAUAUCUGCCGCUCACCAUUCUGCUCGAUAUCUCGCGCGUUCGCACUCUGUGGCUGCUACAGCUGCGGCUUCCUCUAGCACCCAUGCUUACGGCAUGCCUUUGCGCCAAGGUGGUCUGGUUAAUCCUAGAAGCUCGUCAAAAACAGCGCAUAGUACUAGACGGUUAUUGCGACGUAACCGAGGAGGAGGUGGCAGGCAUCCUCAGCCGGUCCGUCUUCGGCUGGCUGCUGCCCUCUAUCGUGAGUGGGUCGCGUAAGGAUAUCCUACCAAAGGAUCUGAUAUGUCUUGAUGCCGAGCUGCGAGCUUCUCAGGUCCAUGAUGCCUUUCAGCGGCAGUGGCGCUGCUGUCCUGACCCUCAACAACCCCAUAUCUUGGCCUGGUGUCUACUCCAAGCCUUCAAAUGGCAGUUGCUUCGCGCCGUGCUGCCCCGUCUAGGUCUCUUGGCUUUUACAGUGCUGCAGCCAGUCAUUAUCGAGCACCUCGUAGAGUACGUAAGCCUAUCCGACGAGCCUAAUCACAGGGCAAGAGGCCUGGGACUCGUUGCGGCCGUUGCUCUAGUUUACGGAGGGAUAGCGAUAUUUACUACUGUCUACUACCAUUCCAUGUAUCGCUUCGUUGCCAUGGUCCGGGGCGCUCUCAUCUGCGCCACCUACCAGGCGGCUCUGGCGUCUCGCUUGUCCACAAGUGAUGACUCGUCUCCGACUCUGACCCUGAUCAGCGCCGACGUAGACACAACCAUCUUUGGCCUUCUUGAAACUCACGAAAUCUGGGCUUCCUUUGUUCAGAUCGGACUGGUCAUGUGGUUACUGGCCCGGCAGGUCCAUUGGGGGUCGACCGCGCCUCUGGUUCUUUCAUUAAGUUGUGUACUGGCAAGUCUUUCAUUGUUCUCUCGCCUCGGUCAGAAGCAGAAAUACUGGAAUGAAAGCAUUCAGGUCCGACUCGGAGCUACGGCAGAUAUGUUAGCCCACAUACGCGAGAUCAAGUUCUUGGGCUUGACAGGCUUCUUUACCAAUCACAUCCAGGGGCUACGCGCCAAAGAGCUGGAAACUUCCCAGAAACUGCGUCGCCUCCUGGUAGGGAUUGUCGUAAUUUCUCGCAUCACCAUGACCUUAGCACCUGUAGUCACCUUUAUCAUCUAUGCCGCUCCGAGCAACGGCUCCUUGCUUCCUCCUCGGGCUUUUUCUUCUCUGACGAUGAUCGGUCUAUUGUCUGAACCUAUCAAUCUUCUCGUCCAGGCGGCUCCCGGAUUUGCAGGGUCCUUGGGCUGUCUGGAUCGCAUUCAGAAGUUUAUGGCGAGCAGCCAUCCCGUGUCUGUAGUUUCAGGCCCUUCCUCUUCUGAAACAAUCCAACUUAAAGAUCCGGAAUUAUCCUUGCAGAUGCACAAAGCUAGCUUCGGAUGGAAGGCUGGCCACCCUGUGCUGCGCGAGCUAUCUAUCAAGAUUCCUCCAAGGUGGUCGGUGGCCAUCACUGGCCCCGUCGCCUGCGGUAAAUCCACUCUUCUCAAAGGCAUUCUUGGCGAGACUCCAUGGUCAUCAGGAAGAAUCGAUACUUACGGUCGAUCAAUCGGUUACUGUGACCAAAGUCCCUGGAUGCUUAACGCCACUGUCCGGGAAAACAUUUGUGGUGAGGCCCUGCCAGAUUUGGCCCGAUAUAAGCGCGUCCUACACGCGUGUGAUCUAGAAGAGGACCUGGCAUCUUUACCUGAAGGAGAGCAGACUGUGGUUGGCAGCAACGCAAUAAAGCUCAGUCACGGUCAGAAGCAGCGCAUAUCCCUCGCCCGAACGCUGAUGCAGAAGACGGAUUUGGUUCUGGUAGAUGAUGUUCUGUCUGGUCUUGACGAGCAAACCAAGUCAAAGGUGCUCCGACAAGUCUUUGGUCCUCAUGGACUGCUCAAAGAGGACGGUGCUGCCCUGUUGCUUGUGACCACGGACAACCGCCUGCUUCACUUGUUCGACCAUGUUGUCUUCCUGACUGGGCUGGGAACUAUUGACUUACAGAGACCCGUCAAAGAAACGGAGGGCGAUGUCAUUAUGCAUGCGCAGCAGCGGGAGCAGCGGGAAAACAAGCAAGUCCCGCCUCCCGCGGGAGCAGGAUAUGGCCAUGAGAAAAUACAGGAAGAAACAGAAGAUCCGGCUCUGGCCAUGCCGCUCCUGACCUCGCGGAAGAGAGGCGACUGGACCUUAUAUAGCUAUUACGCCGCCGCCGCCGGAUGGUUCAAUACUUUGGUGUACUUGGUCCUGGUUGCUAUCCUAGGUGUUCUGUAUAACUUUUCCACAAUCUGGCUCAGCUGGUGGUCUAGCGCAAACGCAACUGGAAGCAACACUGCGCCUCUGUCCUUCUUCUCAGCGACUGAUAUAGGUGUCUUGAUGAAUCACUUCAGUGAAGACAUGCAAUUGUUCGACAUGAGCCUCCCGCUCGCCGCACUGAAUACUACCGCCUUUGCUGCCAUCUGCAUUGUCCAGUUAGUGGUCAUCUGUGUUUCUGCGCACUGGCUCGCGGCAACAAUUCCGGCAUGUCUGCUGACCAUAUAUCUGAUCCAACGGCUAUAUCUGCGCACCUCGCGACAGGUCCGGUUGUUGGAUAUUGAACUAAGAGCGCCGUUGUAUCGUCAAUUCCUGGAAUCUAUGCGUGGUCUCGUCACGAUCCGCUGUUUCCACUGGCAAGAAUCGUUCACGAACAAGCAUCAUGUGCUGUUGGACGACUCGCAGCGCGCUGUCUAUAUGCUCUUUUGUAUCCAGAGGUGGCUCGCGCUCGUACUUGAUCUCCUUGUCGCCGGCAUGGCAAUCCUGCUUGCUGUCUUAACGGUUACUCUGACAAACUCCAUGUCCGCCGGCGCCGUUGGGCUUGCUAUCAGCAAUAUCACAACCUUCAACUCCAAUCUGGCAGCUGUAGUACAGGCCUGGACUAAGCUUGAGACUUCACUGGGAGCCCUUGUUCGUACCCGAACCUUCAUGCAACAAACGCCUGUCGAGGUAGGUACUGGCGACAGGAUCACACUCCCACCGAACUGGCCACAGAAGGGCAGCAUUCACAUUGAGGAUCUUGUAGCCUCUUAUUCACCUUCGUCCCCCGUCACCUUGAAGAAGAUUUCUCUGCGAAUUGAGCCUGGCCAGAAGGUGGGCAUUUGUGGGCGGACAGGGAGUGGCAAGAGUUCUUUAAUAUUCUCAUUGUAUCGUGGCAUGCAUAUUCACAGCGGCCGCAUCCUGAUCGAUGACAUCGACUUAGCCACGGUACCGCCCGAAGAAAUACGCAUGCGGCUGAGCACUAUCACGCAGAACCCACUUCUCAUCAGAGGCUCAGCGAGAUUCAAUCUCGACUUUACAGGGGCCCAAACAGAUAUGGAGCUGCUCGACGUCUGUCGUCGUGUCGGGCUAGACGAAUAUCUGCUGGCCAAUGGAGGACUCGAUGCCGAGAUGAGCUCAUUGACUCUCUCACCCGGCCAGACACAGCUAUUCUGUUUAGCCCGGGCGCUGUUGCAGCCAAAGCAAAUCUUGGUCCUUGACGAGGUGACCAGCAAUGUAGACCAUGAGACUGAUAUACGAAUGCGCGACCUCAUCGACCAGGAAUUUCGAGGCUGCACCAUUAUUGCGAUUGCUCACCGGCUGGACUUCAUCUCUAAUUAUGACCGCGUCGUAGUGCUGGACGAUGGGGAGCUGGUGGAAUGGGGUUCCCCACAGACUGUCCUCACAGAACGUUCUCUUUUUGCCAGUCAAGGGUCUGACCACCAGUGGUGA